AUGUCGAGCUUCCUGGAGCCGGACGCUGGUUCCCCGUCAAUGUCCAAAACUGAGGACAAUUUAUCAAACAGCGAGGGUCCGCUGAUAAAAAAAAAUAUUCGUAAUCACACUUCCAACAUUGACGUAUCUGGACUGAAGCGAUCUCCAUCGCACUCAGCAUCGCAAGACCCUUCUUCAUUUGACAUUGAGAAGAAGCGGUACUGUCUCUGGACCUUGACGUUCAUCCUGGCGAUGAUAGGGUUCAGCAAUCUUCUCUUGAGUAUCACGAUAAUCUCUGUUUUAAGAGUUUCUCAGGGGAUGGAGUCUCUGGAGAUAAUUCCUAGUGAAAAUCUGGUCAAGUUUUUUGGAAAAACGGAUCUCGAUAGGCCAAUGGAGCUCACUGGAGACGACUCAGGAGUUCACUUGAACGUAAAAAAUCGAAGACACGACCACUCCCGAGGGAACUUAUGGGUCCUUAAAAAUGGAACCACAGUGUCUCAAAUAGAAUCUUUUGAAAUAAAAGAUUUCCGAACAGGAGAUCCGUUUUUCUCGACGGAUUUUCCAAAUUUCGGACUCCCGAGCGGCGUGCUAAAGUUGAACGUCAGAGUGGCGCAGACCCACCGGAUAGUCUCGCCGAUAAACGAGUCGCUGAGCGUGGACUCGAACCGCGAGGUGACCAUGCACGGAGCUGAGAGCCUUCGGAUCGACAGCAAGCAGAUAGUCUGGAUGGCGGACAACCAGGUCAAGCUCAAGAGCAACGACUCAAUCGUCGUCGACGCGGCCAACGGUGUCUUCCUGGAUACUAAAAAAAUCCCGAUUGCUUCGGGAGUUGUCGGAAGCGGAAGUGAGUCAUACAAAAUUUGCGUCUGCAUGCCGGAAGGAAAACUCUUCAGGGUUCUAAUUCCUCCUGGUAAUGUUAGGGUUAAUUGUGCGAGAGUCAGCAUGUCUGCUGACAAUCCUUGUUUGUAA